AUGAAGUGGAUUUCCCACAGAGACAAGGCACAUGCUAACGAGUCCUAUCUAGAGGGCUCUUGGGACGAUGUCAUGAAGGUCAUUGGACAAUGCCAUGCUCUGCUGCAUCAAAACGGCGUCGUCAGGAUCCAGAGCGACAUCAGGGUGGGGUCAAGGACGGACAAGAAGCAAGGUUUUCAGGACAAGGUGGACGCCGUGGAGAAGUUGCUGAAGGAAGAGGAGUGA